UAGCCAAGACUCUUUCCCCGUAUAUAGCUUCAACGCGUAUCCAGCUUCAACUCCCCAGAGAUCGGUUUUGUUCUUCAUUUUCUCUCUCUGUUUUGAUCUCUGAUCUGAUUUUAGGUUAUCUUACGAUUGUUUCAAUGGGACAACAAUCGUUGAUCUACAGUUUCGUCGCUCGAGGAACGGUAAUCCUAGCCGAAUACACAGAAUUUACCGGCAAUUUCACCAGCAUCGCUUCUCAGUGCCUGCAGAAACUCCCAGCCAGCAACAACAAGUUCACCUACAAUUGUGACGGCCAUACCUUCAACUACCUAGUUGAAAAUGGAUUCACUUACUGUGUUGUUGCAGCUGACUCCGUUGGCAGACAAAUUCCUAUUGCCUUUUUGGAGAGAGCUAGGGAUGAGUUUAACAAGAGAUAUGGUGGUGGGAAAGCUGCCACUGCUGCUGCCAAAAGCCUGAAUAGAGAAUUUGGAUCCAAAUUGAAGGAGCAGAUGCAGUAUUGUGUUGAUCAUCCAGACGAGAUAGACAGGCUUGCUAAGGUGAAAAACCAGGUAUCUGAAGUCAAGGGUGUCAUGAUGGAGAACAUUGAGAAGGUUCUAGACCGUGGGGAGAAGAUUGAACUACUGGUUGACAAAACUGAGAAUCUACGCUCACAGGCUCAGGACUUUAGACAGCAAGGAACUCAGAUAAGGAGGAAGAUGUGGUUCCAAAACAUGAAGAUAAAGUUGAUUGUGAUUGGCAUCCUAAUAGCAUUAUUUCUCAUAAUAUUCUUCUCAGCUUGCCAAGGAGUUAAGUGCCUUUGAUUGAUCGAAACACCCCGACAAAUGAAUGGUACACGCAGUCUUUACUUCGGGUACCCCUUUACUGUUUCUUGUAUAGGCUAUUAUUGUCAUAUACUACUACUAGUAGUUUCGCAUGUUCUUCCCUGACUCGACUUGGACCUCUUGAAAGUCAUUCUGGAUCGCUGUUUCUGUGGUUCUCUGUGUGUUUGUAAUAACCUCGAUUGGGCAAAUUUAGAUGUCGACUAAGUAGAGAUUAUGAUCAGCUGUUGUUUUUAUUCAGAAUAUGUCAUUUGUGCAUCAAA